AUGGCUGCAGCGGCCCCAAACCCCUCGGCCUUCGGAGGCCGCACCAGCGUCCGCGUGGUCGUGAUCGGCGACGCUGGAACCGGCAAAUCGAGCCUCAUCACCUCUGCCGCCACCGAGAAUUUCGCCGAGAGUGCCUCCAGGGUCGUUCCGCCUACCCACCUACCCGCCGACUACUACCCCGACCGCGUUCCCCUCACCGUCAUCGACACGUCCUCCUCCAGCCCUGAGGACAAGAGCAAGACUUUCGCCGAGUGCCAGAACGCAGACGCCAUCGUGCUGACCUACGCUUGCGAUCGCCCGUCCACGCUGGAUCGGCUGAGUACCUACUGGCUUCCGGAGCUGAGGAGGCUGGAGAUUAAAGUGCCGGUGAUUGUGGUUGGAUGCAAGUUGGAUCUUAGGGAUGACCAGCAGAUGAGAUUGGAGCAGGCUAUGUCGCCGAUUAUGCAGCAGUUUCUGGAGAUUGAGACUUGCGUUGUAUGUUCUUCCCUCAGGCAAAUUCAGGUUGUAGAAGUAUUCUAUUAUGCACAGAAAGCAGUACUUCAUCCAACCGCCCCACUGUUUGAUCAAGAAACACAGUCAUUGAAGCCUCGUUGUAUUAGAGCUUUGAAAAGGAUAUUCAUUCUCUGUGACACUAACAGGGAUGGAGCACUAACACUAAGUGAUUCUGAGUUGAAUGACUUUCAGGUUAAAUGCUUCAGUGCUUCCCUCCAGCCUACUGACAUUGUUAGAAUCAAGAAGGUUGUGCAAGAGAAUAUGCCUGAUGGGGUUAAUGAAAACGGCCUUACUUUGACUGGAUUCAUUUUCCUCCAUGUACUCUUCAUUGAGAAAGGUCGUCUUGAAACAAUAUGGACAGUCUUGAGAAAAUUUGGAUAUGAUAUCGAUAUCGAAUUUAGGGAUAAUCUCCUACCAUCAACAGUCAAGCGAACUAGUGAACAGAGCGUCGAGCUGACAAAUGAAGAUGUGGAGUUCUUGGAAGAAGAUUGGGUUAUGGUAACAUUAUCAAACUCGGGGGACCAUUCUUCUUGAGUCUUUUUGAAAAGAUUCUUUAGAGGACAACGGUUCAACAAGUAGACGGUACAGUAAUAUAUUUAUGUAAAUAGGUUCGAGGUACGAACAAUUAUAAGGAAAAAGUGCCAACAUGUUUUUGUUUUUUAUGUGAUCGAAGUCUUAAUUUUAUUUUUUUCAGCUGGUUAUCUUUUUGAAUUUUUA